AACAUUUUCUGCUGCUUGGAUACUAGACCAUUAUCCUGUAUACAGUAGACUCAUAACACUUGUACAUUAAGAACUGAACACCAGGAAAUUGUCGUAGUUUUCCUGCAAGUUUGAGGUGUGAUUUUAUCUGAAGUCAUUACCAGAAACAUGUCUGAGAAGGUUGCGCCUGCAGAGGAGAACUGGCAGCCGCCCCCGCCCUCUUAUCCGACUCAAGCGCCGCCGCCGGGAUAUCAGCCGGACCAGACACAGCACAACCCUCCCCAACCAGUACCUGCGAACUACCAGCAGCCUCAAACCGUUGGGACAGUGCAAUCAACCACCACGGUCUUCGUUCCCCAGCCCGGAGUGGCGGUCGUGAGAGUCAACCCCACCACCCGCAGCAGCCAGCCGGUCAGCCUGACGUGCCCCUCCUGUAACCAGAACGUCCUCACAACCGUACAAUAUGAGACCGGCACGUUCAGCUGGCUCAUGGUUGGCGCCGUUUUCCUCUUUGGGUUUGCGUUCCCACUAGUGUGGCUGGGCUGCUGCUUCAUCCCGCUGUGCAUCAAAGACUGUAAGGACGCCAAACACACCUGUCCUAACUGUAAAGCCUACCUGGGCACCCACAGUAGGGGCAACUGAACAAAUUUGACAAUCUCAAAAUACCUGACAAAGCACAAUAUCGCUGUGCGAAAGUUGUGUCAUGCUUUUUUUUUUUCAAACACAACACUUGACGAAGACUCACACUGAGUUAUGCUACUACUAGUAUUACGCCGAUGGAGAUUAGACACUAAUAAGAUACGCUAAAUAGCAAAUACUCAAGCAACUGGAUAUGAUUUUGAAGACGGUCAGAUGUUUCAGAUAACAUCCGUUACCUUUCAUGACACUGAAGAUAUCUUCUUGGAGAGCAGGUUUUAUAUCCUAAGUAUGAAUUAAUAUGCAAAGGAAAUAAAGACAAUUACUUAGCAGUUCAAUAGGAAACAAGGGUAAUACAAGUUAAGACUAUGUUCAUGCAAAUGAGUAAAUUACACUUUUAUCACGUUUUAGAUUCAUUCUCAUCAAGUAACGAAUUAUGAGCACUGAAGCUUGUCUGUCACAUUAUACCAAUAAAAUCACACGUGCAAUU